AUCAAUGGUAUAGUUGAACAGCACAGACUAAUAAUAAUAUACUACGUAGGUAUACAAUUAAAAGUUAAAACAUUGAGAAAAUACUUUUUGCAAACAUUUCUAAUUUUCUACUUGCUUUGACAGGAUAAGAUGGAAGAGAAAGAUAUAUUUUGUCAUUUAUUUAUUUUCUCCCACUUUUCUCCACUAUCGAUGAUUGCAAAUAAUUCAUAUUAGAUAUUAUAGAAGAAUUUUUUUCAAAAUUAUUUUUAUCGUUAUUAUAUUUGACUAUCAAUUAUUAAUGUAAAUAUAUAACAUUGGAUGGAGUAUUCAAAAUCUUUAGAUAACUCACGGAAGAAGGCCCGAAGAGUGCGGUCAUGGUACCUCUACGAACAGUUUAAAUCUCUUGAAAAGAGUCAAUCAGAUGCAGCUCAGAGACUGAAAGACAAAUCAUACCAAGAGAGGAUUUUGCACCAAGAAUUAAAUGAGAGAAGGGCACGAAGAAGAUUGUGCGAUCAAUUUGGUCUUUGUCAAAGCGAAUCGAGGAUUGAUAAAGGUGUUGAUAGUAUACCAUCUACUACCUUAUUUAGUUCAAGUACAGAUGAUUUGUAUCAGAGUUUCUGUCAACUACAUGGGGAUCAUGAAAAUAUAGAUUCAAGCAGUUGCGAUGGCUCUCAGUCGAGCAAAUUUUAUAAUGAUUGCAAAACAGCCCGUUGCUCUGACGAAGCCAGCAAAGAGAACAGUGCCACAAGCGUCGUCCAGAAUCUAAAAUUCGAAGAUAAUCUCACAGAUAACGUAAAAGAAGAUUUACAAACUGUACAGAGGAAUAUAGCAGAAAAUAUAAAUAUUCAACUAGAAACUGUUAAAGAAAAUAUCGAGUGUCUUGAGAAGUAUACAAAGUUAUGUGAAGAAGGGAAAAUGUCCGAGGAUGAGAGCUUUGAUUCCGUCUUCGCCUGUGAAUGUGAAAGGAAAAGAGAAGAUGCAUUGAAACUACAGCAUAAGAAUACUGAAUGCAAUUUGUUUCUAGUUUGGUCAAAAUUGGUUUCAUUUUCGUACAAUCUGAUGCAAAUGAGCUCAGGAAAUUGUUACAAUGACUACAGCACGCAACUUCUUACUGCAGUUUUAGCGUGUGAUAUUCUUCGGCGAGCUUUGAACAAAAUGUGUUAUAUUUUGCAGCCUUACGUUUCUCCAAUAAAAUUUGCUCCUAGUGAACUAGAUGUUUCAAUAGGUACAAAAUUAUAUAAAAAUGCAAAAGCGAUGUUUGAACACAGUAAAAAACAAAAAAAUAAGCAACCGAAACUUGAGAUUCGAUCCAGUCAAAAUUCAUAUGAAAAAAGAUAUAAUGCGUCUGAGAGAAAAUUGCAUUCACUUGAAAACAGAAUAAAUGAAAAUAAAUGCCGAAUGAAUGAACCAAAAAGUGAAUCAAUGCGCAGUAUUGCCAGGUUUCUUGACUCGUGGAAAUCGACCGAAAAAUCUGGGAGCACCAUUUGGCCUGAUGAUUUAAAAACUUACAACCGCAAACCAAAUUGUAGAUGUUAUAAUAUAAAAGGAGUUGUUAAUUCAAUGUUGCAAUUGUCUAGAUGUUUGGAUAAUGCAUUGCGUGAUAUACAAAGCUCAGCUUUGUGAUUCAUUUUGAUAUAUUUAAGUUUAUAGCGGGACGUUAUUUGUUUUGAUACUUUUUGUCUUGAAUUUUAUUAAAUUGGCUUCAACAAGUA